AUGCAUGUAUCUUUGCUUGCUGUUUCAAAGGUAGUAAAACAAGAAGAAAAUAAUUAUGUAUUUUUCGGCGAAAAGAUUAAUAUUCGUGUUUGUAAUCAAAAUUGUGAAUAUAUAACAAUUUUUCAAGAAAAUAAAUGUGGGGAGAAAAACUAUAAAUUAGGACUUUCGAAUCUGGGCAAUUCAGAAAAUUUUGAAUCUACAAAUAAUAGAAGUAUUUUUGGAGAGAAGUUCAAAUUUUAUCCAAAUUUGUGUUCUAAUUCAGAAUUUUAUUUAUUUAAUUUAAAUCAAUUGUUGAUUAAUUACUGUGGUGAAAAGAAACAUGUUCAGUAUGGUGACAAAGUCUAUAUUUCUUCACUAAUUAAUAACGAAGUAUUUAUCAUUGGAUUUGACCAAAAUUCUGGAAAAUUUUUGGUUUCAAAAUUUGAAGAAGUUGCUAAAUACUUAAGAAUCAAAGGUCAAUUGAGUGAUGAUUCUUUUUUAAAGAAAUAUGAAUGGUCAUUAGAAAAAAUACCGAUUACAAAAGAGGAAUCGCUAUUAGGUGAGAUUGAAAAUUCGCCUAUCCCAAAUAUACAAUCAGUGAAAUAUAAUGACUUAUUCAGAAUUAGAUUUGAUAGUGAGCAAAUUGUUUGUACACAAACUAUUAAAUCUAACUUAAAGAUGCAGUUUAAUCAAUUAUCUAUAGACAGUACUUGUUUAUCUGGAAGAAAUGGUUGUUGGACAAUCAUUCCAUUGAAAUUCGAAGGAACGGUAUAUCCAAAUUGGUUCUUGAUGAAAAAAAUAUUGAAAAGUAAAGAUAAUAAUUCCCUGAAAUUUUUGGAUAGCAGGAUAAUUGAAAAAUUAGCUUACAGAGCUGGUUGUUCAAAAAGCAAAAUAGAGCCAAUUCGAAUAGAUACUUUUAACUUAGUUUCGGAUCGUCCAAUUGAUUGGGAUAUGCCUAGCACGAAUCUCUUUAAAGAUGAAUCAUUAAAUGCAAAAAACAAAUUUUCAGCAAAAUCUUUAAAUUUACUUCCCAGUAUUGUCGGUUUUGUAUUCGAUCAUGCAGAGACUGGUAUAAACAAUACCACAAAGCAGAAUAUAAUUCCGAAUAAGCUAAGUAGCUUUUCAAUAAAAGUACAGGAGCAAUUAAUACUUGAAGAUAUUCUAAAUUGUUUAAUGUGUAAUAAUGCUAAUUAUAUCAAGGUUACUGAAGAAGUUGUUGAAUUUUUUCACGAAUGUAAACAUCUAGAUUUUACUUCUGAAGACUUAUAUAUUUUUGAGUUUAAUUCAACACCUAAUAAUGAUAAACAUUUUGACCACGAUUAUUUUUCUGGAAGAGAAGGAAUACCGUUAUUUUCCCACCAAAUAAUCGAUGAUCCCAGUAAUUUGCAAUAUUUUUGCGAUGAUCUAAUUUACAAUACAAUUUCAGAAGAAAAAAACACAGAAAAUAACUUAAGCGGAUCGUUUGAAUCAAACAACAUAUUAUCUACAAAUAAUUUUAAAAAAAAUCCUUCUCUCUAUCCACUUUCAUACAGAACUUUAGAACUUUCUUCUUUGCAUAGAAGAAUAAGAAAGUUUUUGAAGGUACAUGAGAGUGGGAAUUCUCAAUUUGGGAUUGUUUCAGGCACGUUAUGCGAUUCAUUCCGCGAACUUUUGAAACAUUUUACGAUCAAAAUUGCAAAGUUUGAAUCAUACUUAAGAAAAGGGCAACUCACAAUUCAAAAUAUUUGGUCACAUUCUCAACAAGCUUUGAUUACUUUAAAAGCCCUGGAUUUAAUCUCAACUCGAGUAUUAUAUAAAAGAGGAUCUGAAAUCAUUGAUCAGGUAUAUAAAAUUGCAAAUAAUGAAUUUAAAGGUGAGGAAUCAUCUCAAAAGAUUGCAAAUUUUGUUUUCAACCAAAUUUUCUUUUCUUGGUAUAAACACUUUUUGGCACCUUGGUUGAAGUUUGGGGCAGUCACAGAUCAUUUUUCAGAGUUUAUUAAUUGCCAAUUAAAUAAUCUAACCAAAAAAAGGUUCAUGAAAAACAAUCUGUAUUCCCUAACUUCUUGCAGAGAACAAGGAAACAAACUCUUUCCUAUACUCCCUUCAUUUUUAAAAGACUUAAUUGAGCAAGUUAAUUAUAUUGGAUUAGUCAGUUAUUUUGUUUCUCAUAUAAAUCAUUUCUACACUGAAAAUCAAUUAUUUGACAAGGGACACGAAAAUGGAGUUUCGAAUCGUAAAAAAUUAGAAAAUGUCUUGGGGUUAAUGUUGAAAUCUCUAAGCAAUAGGUCUGAUUCAAUAAGAGGCGAAGAAAUUGGAAUUUAUAUUAAUGACAUAUUUCUUGAGUCGCAGACUUUACUUUUCAGGGUUUGCAACUCAAUUAUCGAUGUAAGAUCUAUUAUUAAUGCAUUCUAUGAAAUAUUUUUUUGCGCAAAUGAUUCCCUUAUUCAGGAGUUUAUUGAAUACAUUCACAGAUUGGGGUCUAGAGGAAAUAAGAUAAACUAUUAUUCGUGCAACGAUAUCACACGUAAAUGGGAUGAACUUAUGUUAAAAUGUUAUAAAGAAUUACACAAUUCAAAUAAUUCUAAUAGGUUCUCUUGUAUAAUUGAGAAGAAGUUAAUUACUGAAUGUGUAAACGAAGAGUUAUUUACACCUGUGAAAUGGGAAAUAAGCUCGUAUAUUUUAUGUGAAGAACUAAAAUCCAUAGAAAAGAAUAAAUCAAGUAUUUCAAGCUUUGAUGCAUUCAAGUUCUUAACUAUUAAAUUUUGUGAAGUAAAGGCAUUUGAUUCGAUUUGGCCGAGAAAAUUAUUAAAUAAAUACGAGCUAAUAUUCAAAUUAAUUUUCCAUUUGAAGUACAUAAAUCACUUACUUAAUAAUAUUUGGAUAGCUCAUCAAACUUCAAACAUUUGGGACAAUAAAUUGACUAAAACGGAGCAUCUUUCAGUAAAUGAGUUGAUACUCAGGCCUUAUUUUUUAAGGCAAAAAAUGCUUUUUUUGACAACUGGAAUUUUAGAAUACAUUUAUCAAGAUGUAAUUAAUCCUUUGUGGAAUUCAAUGAUAAAAGAUUUUAAAAAUAUCUCGACUUUGGAAGAAUUAAAUUCACGUCAAGACCAAUUGCUCAAUGAAAUAUUAGCACAAUGUUUCUGCCUAGAAAGCGAACAAUUACAUUUAUUAUAUAAAAUUCUGUCACUUUGCCAUCUAUUUGCUGCCCACUCCAACUUGUUGAAUAUUUAUGGCUUCUCAAACCAAACAAUAACAGACGCUUUUCACUCUGAAAAAACUGGGAAAAAAUAUGAGGAAAGUGGCCAGAUCUCGAUAAGUAGUACUAAACCUUAUAAAAAGGACAAUUUUGGGAGGACAAGAGGUAGAACCCGCAUUAACAACAUGCAUAUCGAAGGCUUAUUAGCUGAUCCUACAUAUGAAAAUAUUGUAGAAAAAUUUAGUUCGAAAUUUGAACUGCUUAUGCGAAACUUUUUCAGCAAAAUAUCCAACUGUAAGAAUCAAAAAAUUAAUAUGAUUAGUAAGCUAGUGCUAAAAUUGAAUUAUAACGGCUAUUAUGUAGAGAAAAUUCCCAUCAAUAUUGGCACUUGGGGGGACCCCACACUUGAUGAAGAUGAUUCAUAUGACAAUUUUGUCAUUGAAAGUGAGUGA